AGCAGCUCUCUAUCACUGUCUUGGUGCGUGUCCGUUGAUCACGGUGCUCUUCGCCUUUCACGCAGCGGCUAUGUAUUUCGUGCAAGCCGGACCAUAUCCGAGUACGCAAUGCAUCGCAAUCGAUUACGUCAAAUUCUUGUAGGGUCUCCCAUAGACGAAGGAAGAGUCUCAGCGAUUACUCCUUGUUGUACUGUAACACUAGCCGCCAUCAGUUGUUAUUCAGACUUCUUAGAAGUGACCUGUCAUGUUAUUGAAAUUUGAAAUUUGACGCCCAAUACUCGGCUCUAGAAUCAUGAUCAGGCCACCGGACAAAAUCUUGAUCGUGCCAUUUUCCACCCGAAUAACUCUCCGAAGCGGAUGUUAAAGGUCCAUCGUUUCACGCACCUGUUAUUUGCUCGUAAACUUUGUUUUAGAUCACAUUUCGCUCAACGCACUAUGUCCUCGCCAGCAAUUCUUGCCGCACGCGCUGUACUUGCCAGCAUAGAUCUCACCAACUAUGACCCUGAACAAUCGAGACUGAUGGAUGAGAAGUGCAUUUUGGUCGACGAGCAGGACAAUGCCAUCGGGGCGAUGGACAAGAAGACUUGCCAUCUCAUGGAAAAUAUCGACAAGGGUCUCCUGCACCGAGCCUUCUCUGCAUUCAUCUUCCGUCCUUCCGAUGGCAAGCUUCUCCUGCAGCAGCGUGCUUCGGAGAAGAUUACCUUCCCGGACAUGUGGACAAACACGUGCUGUUCACACCCACUGGACGAUUUCGAGGAGGAAAAGAUCGAGAAGGGUCAGCUUGGUGUGCGGAACGCAGCUUCGAGAAAACUCGAGCAUGAGCUCGGUAUUCCGCAAAGCCAAACACCAGUUGACGAGUUCCAGUACCUGACGAAGAUUCAUUACCUCGCACCAUCAAACGGAAUGUGGGGUGAGCAUGAAGUUGAUUACAUCUUGUUUCUGACGGCGGAUGUUACGGUGGCACCGAAUAAGAACGAGAUUCAGGACUACAAAUAUGUGGACAAGGUCGAGCUACAGGCCAUGUUCAAUGACUCUUCAAAUUCUUUCACACCUUGGUUCAAGCUGAUUGCUCGCGACUUCCUAUUCGGCUGGUGGGAUACCCUUUUAGAGCGCCAGGGCUUUGAUGGUCGUGUCUACGCUAAGACUCUGACAGGUGUAGCUGACGGUUCAAAGGUUAUUAAGAUGGCAUGAUAUAUCUCUCGUGUUGUAUGCUCGAUGUAUCUGUAGGCAGUCUUUUAUUACAGGAAGACAUAACAAAUACCGGUUUGCAUGUAAAACAUCUUCGUUUCUGUACUGUGUAGAGAGAUUGUCACUCCAAAGCUAAUGCAUAAUCCACUCAAUCACAACUUUAAAAUUAAUAUUAUAAUUUUUAUUC